AAUUUCGCUUUCAAGUUCUUCAUCGUUUCAUCACUAGACCUUCGGAAGUGAAUCGUUUCUUCUAUUUCCUUUGAAUGUCUUCAAUUAUCGAACUGCGUUCAUAGAUUGUAUUCAACAUUAGCUCGUACCAAUCACAAUCGGCAUUGCUCAUCGGAGCAAAAACCAUUGGUUUACCUUGGAAUGUUAACCAGUUACCGGCAAACUGGAGUCCGGCGUCUGGAUCAUACUCUCCCAUAUAUUGGAGGAGCAAAAUGUUCAAAACAUCGAGGUUUUACCUCAGGAUAUUGCACAAAACGACGAACGGGAUGUACUUGUGAAUGUACAAGAGAAUAUGACUGCCAUACAUCAGGAUAUGCUGCAGGCAAUACCUCAUGAUAUACUGCAAGUGCAAGAUAUACCUGAGGAUAUAGAACAAGUUGAAGAUAUACCUCAGGAUAUACUGCAAGUGCAAGAUACAUCUCAGGAUAUACCUCAACCCAUGUUAGAAGACAUUGGCGAUGAUGAUGUGUUUUUUGACGCACAGGACCCCGAGGUGUCCAAAUCCAAGUCGGAUUCAAGUUCGGGGUCAAGUUCUUCUUUGGAAUUUUUCUCCCCACCUCCCACAAGGCUUGGGUCACUGAGUAAAGACGGCGAUGCCCCCUCUCCCAAAAAGGAGGAGAAGAUUCUGGACGAUAUCCCAGGUGCUCCCCUCGUCCAACGAUGUGUCAUUAUUCAGAAAGAUGAGAAGGGCUACGGUCUAACCGUCAGUGGCGAGAAUCCAGUGUUUGUCGAAUCAGUCAAAGAAUAUGGUGCUGCUGCAAGGGUUGGUGUCAAGGAGGGAGACAGAAUCAUCAAGGUGAAUGGGUCGAUGGUGGCAAACUGUAAUCACAAGGAUGUCGUCAAAAUGAUCAAAUCCGGAACAUAUGUGGCUCUGACGUUAGUUGGACGACCACCUGGGCAUUCGCGUCGAGAGUCAGGUGACCAGAGCUUCCUGUCCCGUCCGUCCCCUGCCUCUCCGGCAGACCGAAUAGGUGGACCACAACCUGCUGAUGGUUUUACCGGACUUCACUUCAAAUUUGGCGUCAGCAGUCCUGAAAAAGACCAGGAAUUUAAUCGCCAAAAAUUGCGGACUAUUGAGAUGAUGUACUAUAAGGAAAAGGAGCAUUAUGAGGACUUAAAGACAGAACAUACAAAAAAUCCAACAGAGAAGUCGCAAUCGCAGCUAAACGACGGCGCUAAAACGCUAAAGAAGUUAGAAGAACAGUUACAGUAUUUACAAGGGUCGUCGUCAACAGACACGAUAUCAACGCCAUCAGGGUUGGAGAAAUCACAAUUUAGUUAUUCCAGAGAGGUGUCCUCCACAACACCCACUGAAGAAACAGCUCAGAUGCCGUUUACAAAACAGGGUUCUGGCCAGUCGCCAACAGACGGUCACUUAUACACACACUUGGGAAGUAUGGACGAAGGUGUCGAUACCACCUCUGGGUCAGAGGCCGGCACACCAGCCUCUUGGUCACGUGAUGGCCCCAAACACGCCAAAACUGGUUCAAUGCCAGAGCCAAUAUACAUGUCGGAUGAGGCGUUAAAUUCACGGGAUGCUGCCAUCCCUCGCUCCGUGUCAGACGUUGGGCCGAGUAACAAACACCAGAAGUUGGUGGGGUCCGAUUCUUGUCCACAUUUAGCGGCCGGGAGGGCCGUGUUAGAUAAAUCUAGAGGCCGUAGUUUGGGUAGCUUGUUCCAGACGUCGUCCCUCCCGACGAGUAUCUACGACAGCGGGAGUCUGUCCGAUUCGAAUUCUCCGCAGCACAGUCCAGCACCUUCACCGAUUCCCGUUCAGCGGGGUUUCGAUUACGUGGAGCCGUCAGAGGUCCACGAGGAGAUGGCCACGAUACACGAACCAGUCACAGUUUCUACAGUGCCGUUCUUUACUCCGGUAGAAUUUACGACACUGGCUCCAACCAUCGACUGUAUAACACUUAGGCGAGCGCAGAUCAUCGUUCGGAAGCCAACUUUAAAGCCAAGUUUAAAGCCUUCAGUGGCCGAGAUAUCUCCCGUGCCGGACCACGAAGCCACAUCGCCUGCUGCCCGAUUAUCACAACCCUCUCAACAAAUCAUGACCAUAGACGAUGAUGAUUUCAGUUCAGAGGAUGAGCAUAUAUUUGAUGACCAUGGUCCGUUUGCCCAUUUCGCCUCGUUGAAGAAUAAACCAGCUCAUCUGGCAGUGUUUUUACAUUACCUUAUAUCGAACAGUGAUCCGUCUCCAAUGUUCUUCCACCUUGUGACUGAGACGUACACCCAGGGAAACCUCAAAGAAAUGAGAAAGUGGGCAUAUGAGAUUCAUUCGACAUUCUUGGUCGAGAAAGCGCCCCUAAAAGUGAGCAUUGAUGAAGACAUCAUUGCCAAUAUCGACCAUGUCCUACAGUUCAAGUAUGAGAAGGAGGACCAGCUGAAGGCAGUGUUCGUGACAGCACGGAUCCGGGUUCACAAUCAAGUCAAUGAAUUAUUACAAGACUUCAGGUUGAAAAGGUCUUUAGGUCUUGGCAGUCUGUAUGGUGACCAUGACCUUCAAGAUGACCUUGACCGGGCAGCUGAGCUGAAAAUAGUGGAUAAAUACCUGACACCUCAUUUAGAGAGGUUACUGGACAACGAAGAUCACACAGAUCGCAACAUGGCCAUGGCAUUAGCAAUAACGACAUUUCUCAAACAAGUUGGCGUCCAACGCACGACGUCCAACUCUCGAUUUUUGGAACGGUGCUCUAGUUUUAUUGAAAAGGAUAAGAAAAUGUUCAGAUUUAAAGGAAGUCGAAAGAGUUUUAGUACAAGAAAAGAGAUUCACUAUAUAAAAGGCCACAGUCUACAGGCCCAGCAUUACCAUAUCACGACGUAUUGUAAUUACUGUUCAGGUGUCUUAUGGGGCGUGGGAAACCAAGGUUACCAAUGUGGUAACUGUGAUCAGAACUACCACAAAUUGUGCGUUGAGAAGCUCCAACAACAACCAGAUGAACUAUGCUCUGGUGCUGGUGUGAAGAAGAAGGACAAGAAACAACGCCAGUCGAUGUUAGAUCGGAUUAUACCGCGGAAACCUAGUGCCAACAACCCUGCUGCAAGAAACGAUUCCAUCCAUCAACAUGUCCCUCCAUCGUACACAGUAAAAGACGCGUUGAAGAUCCACGAGGGUCGUGACUCGGACGGCGGGAUGAUGAGCCCGACGACGCUUUCCCAAGUUGGGAUGUUUCACCACGUGCAGCCGGUGCAGGAGGAUGACGAUGAGGUUGAAGGUGAAGCAAAGUCCUCGGGUCCCACACGCGUCAACAAGUUGGUGGAGCGAUAUCAGACGUUGGGACACGGUGGAGAUGAGAAGGCUGGGUCAAAGUCACCGAGGAGUGAGAGUCCAAACUCGGAAGAUGAGAAGAAAGAUCGUGUGUCAGUCGGGCGGUCAGAAAGUUUGAAGGGACGGAAGGAAGAAAAACAGUUGUCAGUGCGACGAUCGAAAAGUGAUGUUGCAUCGGAUGACAGUUCGGUUAUGAAAGCUCUUAACCAAUCGGAGGCAAGCUCAUCAAGUUCAAGUUUAUCGGCAAAAAGCGAAAGUCCAAGCAACUCUCGUGAAGUCCUCCCACCUCUCAGUGUGUCACAUGAGGACGACUCUGACUUCGAAGUGGAGGACGAGUUGCCUCAACUCGAUGCCAUUCUGUCCACGCACGUCUUGAAGAAGUUAAAGCCCAAGGAGAAGAAACGUCAGGAAGUUAUUAAUGAAUUAUUCUACACAGAAAGGUCUCAUGUACGGAACUUAAAAGUUCUCGACCGAUUAUUCUUCCGCCCAUGGCACAACGAGCCGAGCUUGCCACGUGAUCUAGUCAAACUGUUAUUCCCAAACCUAGACGAAUUAAUAGAGUUACAUAAAAGUAUGAACGAUUCCAUGAAAAAAGAUGCUCCGGGACCUGGCGCCACCUAUGGAGAUGUUGGUGAUAUUCUCCUCAAUGGGUUGCAAGGAGCGAAUGGAGAAAAGCUAUGUCGAGCCAGUGCCACCUUCUGCCAAAACCAGUCUUUCAGUCUUGAAAUGUUAAAAAGUAGACGAUUAAAGGACCAAAAGUUAGCUGAAUUUUUGCGGGAAGCGGAAUCAAGAAAAGAUUUGUGUCGACGGUUAAAGUUGGCGGACCUCAUACCCGCACAGUUUCAGAGAUUAACAAAAUAUAAGUUACUCCUAGAGAACUUACUCAAAUAUACUCAGGCGAAUACAGAGGAAUACAACAAGCUCGUAGAAGCUGUCCAUUGUAGCAAGAAUGUUCUAAACACUGUUAAUAAAGCUGUGAUGGACGCGGAAAAUAAACACAAAGUCAUCGAGAUACAGAAGCGGAUGGAUCGGCGACCUAUUGACAACAGUAGUGAUCCAAAUGUAGCGAAGAUUAAAAAUCUUGACCUACGAACGCACAGUAUGAUAUACGACGGCUUCCUCACGUGGAAGAUAGGCAAAAAUAAACAAAUAGACUUGCACGUUGUGUUAUGUGAGGAUAUUCUAGUACUACUGCAACGCCAGGACGAGAAGCUUGUGCUAAAGUGCCAAAGUACCACAGUUGUGGCGGGGAAGGAGGAUACGAAAUUUACGCAUAGUCCUGUGAUAUGGUUGACCAAUCUGCUGACGAGAAAUGUCGCGACGGACCCACGAGCAUUCUUUCUGGUCAGUACCUCACAAGCUGGUCCACAAAUUUACGAACUGGUCGCACCAACAAAAGACGAAAGAAAAAAAUGGUUCAAAUAUAUCACAGAGGCAUCCGAAGCCUUCAAGAGCAAGGGCCCGCACCGACGUAGUACCAAGGCACCAGCGGGUGUGCCAAAUGAUAUACAGGAGGACAAGCCUAGAUUGAAAGAGAAGCGUGUCCAUGACCAUGAAGAGAACACGUCAGCUGACGAGAAUCAGCAGAAGAGCUGCAGCGUGGACAGUCUGGAGAACCUCGAAAAGUCCGUCGAGGAGCGGCCGCAUCUCGUCAACCCGCAAGAGGUCGUGGUGUCGGACCCCGUUUUUGAACAGGCUGAGCCAGUCCAUCUCAACCCUAUAGAAAAUCUGAGGAAGAAGGAUGAAAUGAUUUCAAAAAGUACAAACGAGAAAAUGAAAAUAAUAGCGGAAAUACUCAAUAUCCCCCAUGAGGACUUUGACAAUAUUGCAGAGCUUGCAGCUGUGAUCGAGGGAGAAAAGGAACCCAAAGAACUCAUCCUAGCGUCCAUAAUACAAACAGAGCGGUUAUCAGAUCUCGUGUCGGCGGAGCUGAAGCUGCCUGACAAACUGCCCGGAGACGACUACCAAGACAACUCCGCUCCGACCACGCCGAAAGCUGAUGCGCCGAAAACAUUACACAUUACUUUACCGGCGCAACCGGUGGUGAAAAUCACACAGACAUUGAAGGACCAACUCACGCAAUUACUAGCAAUUAUGACAGAACGGGAGGACGAAACGGAACGGUUACGACAGCAGCUCAAAUUGGCCAACGAUCAGAUUCACGCACUUCAAGAGAUCUCGCGGACACCGGGACACAGUCGGCCAAACAGCUACAUCUCGAUAGGGUCCGAGUUAUCAGAGAUCGACGAAUCGACGCAAUCAGGGGAUGAAAUCAAUAAAGCCAGACCCCCAACGGGCCAUGUCGCGGCCCCUAGGCCUCAUGCGGCCCCCAGCCCUCCUACGGCAAAGAAAUCUUUCUCGGAUAUAUUCUCAUCUCUCAUGACUAAAGUGUCGGAGGUUCAGAGCUCAUUGUUUGCCAACUCUCCGGGGAUAUCAAUGGAGUCGAGCAAUAGUGACGAACCGGGUGCGAUAAUUCAGGCCGUGGAGGAAAAUGUUGAAGUCUGUGAAGAAAUCGCUGACAAGCAGACAGGAAACGCAAUGGAGACUAUCCACGUGGCGGUCGGGAGUUCCGAACUGUCGCAGGAGCAGGACACUUCGGAGGAAAUGCAGAUAGAAACUACGGAAGAAACGCCGGCAAUCGAAGCGGUGGAGAUCACGACGGUCACGAUCGUACCGGACGCCACCGUCGACGAAUCACAAACGGACAUUGAUACGCAUGCCAACACACAGAUCCGCACAGGGUCGAUCGAGGACAUUAGUGCUACUCUCUAAUUUAAAAAACGCUCUGCGGGAUUUUAGAAAUCUGCUAUUUUUCUAAACUGUUGUGUUGGUACAAUGCACCUUUUGUUGGACUUGCAAUAUUAAACAGUAUUACUGUAGUUCUCGUCAGGAAAGGGUUAAACCAUUCUGUGAAGUGUUGCUCUUAUUUUGGGUGAUCACAACAUAGGCGGUUUGGGCUGCUAUUUAGGCUCUGUUCACAGGCAUUUAACAGGUUAAUAGUGAUAAAUAGACAGUUGAAGUAUUGGUGCAAGUCCAAUGCCUGUGUGCAUGAGAUGUUUCUCCGAAGAUUUGCAAAUUAUGAAUCACAGACUCCUAAAAUGAGGGCAGUAUUUUGGAGAAAGGUCCCUGAUUGGCGUUCAUUACUAUUUCACCUCAGUUAUGUCAGAUUAUUCUUCACAAAUGCACAAUUUUUGAACUGCUUUGUCUGAUAAGCUUGGGGUGCAGCCUUGGGGUGCAGCCUUGGGGUGGAGUCAGUUCUAGAUUAAGUCAGUGAGAUUCACGUAUAGCGGCUGCCAUUUUCUUUCACAUUCAUCCACCUGUCCACCCUUGGAGACAGAAUCGAUUAGUCUUCUGUCUGUUGAAGUCUUAGUGAGAAGAUUAUUUCAUUACGGAAUAAGGGGUCACAGGUGUCAGUUCUACAGUGUGUCCCAAAGUAAUUUUAUGAAAAAUGGACACUCUUGAUGUAAUGCACAGUUAUUGUAAAGAUUGUCUCGACGAUUAGUUGUAGUCCUGUAAAAAUAAUUCAAUUUUGAUGGGACCGCCUGAAAUCGCGUCCAAUUUAAGUUGACCAAAUAAUAAUUAUGCAUUAGGUAGCCUGUUAUGUAUUCAUUGUACAGAAUCGUUGGUCAAGUUAAAUUGGGUCGGUUUGUUUACAUUUGUAAAUUGAUCGGCUUCAAUAGAUGGCUAAAGCGCUUGUACAGUUAAGAUGCCACCAAUAGGUGGCACUGUUACUGCUUGUAUAGUUACAACUCCUGCCCAUAGGUGGAGCUGUAACGGAGUGUACAGUUACAAAGCUGUACACAGGUGGCGUUGUUAUAUGUACAUAAUGUUUGUUUUUCCCUUAGGGUGCUCCGGUAGCACUAGGUUAUUUCACAUGUGCUCGGGAAAAAAUUUGAAAUUUGUAUAAAGAUGUAAAAACGAUUUAUUUUGUACAGAGCAUGGUUAUAAUACGAGAGGCUGUAUUGAAUUUUAUGCUUUUCGCCGCCCGGGAAUUCGACGGACGCUGGCAAGGUGUAAUCAUGUGUAAAUUUAGCAAAUCGUCUUAAAUAUUGAAGGUCGAUUUAUAAUAACAAGAAGUAUGUAUGUAACGUUCACUAAAGUGUAGUCAAUGUAUUCAUUCUCGCUGUCGUUGGGGUGAGGGGUUAUAAUGUGUCGUAAACUUGGAAAUAUUUGUGCACCUUUAUGUUUGCAGAUAAUUGCAAAAAUAUAUGGCAGCAAAAAAGGAAAGCUGAAUUGAGAGUACUAAUACACGGUUGUCAAAACCCUAAUUUAAAGGGUUGCCGAUGUUAUACUUUCAUGAAAUUGCGAAACUAUGAUGCCGCAAAUUUUUCCAAGUUUGCAGUAUUCUCCAACCUGUCCAACCUCGGUGACAGAAUGAAUCGGUCCGAUGUCAAUGGAAAUGAAGGUAAUUGGAUUGUCCCAUUUACUGGAUUGGGGAAGACAGAUGACAAUGGGGGUUUGGGAGUUGAAUAUGCUCGGUCACAAGUGGCAAUAUUUAAUGAUUUCUGUGGGAAAAAGGUCUCCCUAAUCUUGGGUAUACAUUUUCUUUUACACUUAACUGUACCUAUUUCUGUACAUAAGACAUGGCAGUGGGUGUGUCGACUAAGUACUGUUUAUAAUCCAGAGAUGCUAAGAUGCUAAUCCUGCCUGCUUCUAGUAAAUUUAAAUCUUAUUAAUUGGUUUCAUCACUUCUGGUGAUGAUAACAUUCUUGGUUCCACUUUUGGUGAUGAAAACAUUUUUGGUUCCACUUCUGGUGAUGAAAACAUUUUUGGUUCCACUUUUGGUGAUGAAAACAUUAUUGGUUCCACUUUUGGUGAUGAAAACAUUUUUGGUUCCACUUUUGGUGAUGAAAACAUUUUUGGUUCCACUUUUGGUGAUGAAAACAUUUUUGGUUCCACUUUUGGUGAUAAAAACACCUUUUUGGUUCCACUUUUGGUGAUGAAACAUAUUUUGAUUAGUUCUCAAAAUCAACCUGAUCCAAAGGUGAUGAAAAAUUGAUGCAUGAUUCUGCAGGUGCAGCUCUUUGCUCCAAGCUCAGUAUAUGCAUUUUCUAAAUAGGUGAAAGUGAAUGAGCAGAAGUCAAUAAUUCAGGGAUAUUUAAUCAAUUCAGUCUAUAGAAGGCGUCGCGUCGAAAGUGAGAAGCAGCUUUUCAGAAUUACUAAAGUGCGGCACAGUGUCAUUUAUUCACGUAUGCAAAUUAGACAUAUAUGUAAAUUUAUGAUAAUUGUUUCCUGUCCAGACCCAUGUAGGCCGUGUAGAUCAUGGCAAAGUCCUUUUCCUCCCGUCUUUACAUGACCUCAACUUCAUAGAUCCUGUCAUAGUUAAUGAGGUAUGAUGAAAUAAGUUAUGCAAUAGUUAUGCUCAGCCAUCUCACCUGGUGAAACCCUCCAUUAAACAGGUGUGCACAAGGCCUUGCUGCUAACGUGUCGGUCCUUCUCCCGACAGUUACUCGAGCAUCUUAACUGAUGAAACCCUCCAUUUAAAGCAGGUGCACUAAUCUUUCUAAAAAGAGGCCCAGCCCUUCACAUGAGUUAGUCUUCUCAGCUAUUUGCCCUGGCCACCCCAAGUAAGACUAUGAACAAAAUCAAUGACAAACCAUGACACAUUGUAAAGUUUCUCAGAACUUCCGGAGAAGCACUCUCUUGCAUAACCAAAUGGUGUUGGGGAAUACAAGACUCAGUUAGCUUUCUACGUGGCUUCGAUUUUGGCCCGUGUAACUUUUAAUUUCUUUUUGUUGCUGGAGUCGCUUAUGUUUAUUUAUACUCUCUGGGGAUUCAGUAACAGUAGGAGUAGUUGAUCUCUACUCUCUUCAGAAUUGGGAUUGUAUAACUCAGAAAAGCUUGAGAUCCAGCCCCUGCUUUUUACUUUCCAUUUAGAAUUUGGAUUGUAGACUGGGAAUAGCUCGUUAUCAAGUCGUUAUUGCCUAUGGUCAUGACUCGUGAAGCUUUGAAUCUUAAAAAUUAAGUGAAUACCCCAUCUACGCAGAUGGAAAGGAGCAAACUGUUUGUGAAGUUACUAAGAACCGCCCUUGUUUCCAGACAUAUAAUCUGUGACUUGUAACAUCAGUGACAGCCCACCUUGUCUGCCACAGCUUCAUUGUGUAACCCAUAGCGAUAGGCACAGCCAUUUUGUCAUUGAUGACUCAGCUAUGAGGGAUCAUCCAUCAUGUUUGUCAUCAUGAACUGUGAGCAUUAAGAAUUUCUUUCCUCUGCUGCCAACCAUAAUGGAUGAUCCAUUGGUAUAAUACUUCUGCAGACUAAUCGAAUACCAUCAACAGAGUUUGAUGCGUUCAAAAUUCCUUUCCUGUAUUUUGUCACAGCUAUGAUACGGGUUAACUCUUUGAAGGACUAACAUCUGUUGCGUAGUGUGGACACAGAAGAUAUCGCACAAAUUUAAGAUUGACACGAGCAUUUAUUGGAGAACUUUCAGUGUGAUCUUUCUAAUGGUACCAUCAGUAAACCUAUUGAUUCCCAUUCAUUAAAAAGCUCUCAGUGUGUACUUUCUAAUGGUACCAGUUGUGUCAUGGAUGAAGAUGAGUCGUAACUUUAUAAUUCAUAUUAUGAAAUUUCUCAAAUUACUCAAGUCCUUCGGGGUGAACGCAAUCAAACCAGAGUGGUUCUUUCUCCUUUCUAUGUUGGAUCAUGUUCGUUUAGUUUUGAGGAGUAUUUUUAAUGGAACAGCUGUGCAUGUGGCCAAUGUGAUAGGGCCGUCCUUGAAUACAUGUUGGUCUGCCAUAACCCUAGCCUGGAGGUUGACUAACUGGGUAGGUUGACCAAAUUUUGUUUCAUUGUGAACAAUUUAUGUCAAUGAAAAAGAUGGGGGUUUGAGUUUUCUCAGAAGGAAAAGUUGGUCAUUGAAACUUUGGCUUGGGGGGGAGGCUGUAUGACGAUUGGUGUGGUUACGGGGAAACAACGUAAUUCUCAAGAUUGCCUUAGAGAAAUCCUGCUGAGAAAACCCUGCUGUGAAGUACUUGUAUAUAUUAGCCAUGUUCAUAAUCAAUAAACCAACUUCACCUGUAUCGUAUCGAGGUCUUAUGUGAAGAAAAUAAGUAAUAAAUGCUGUGUGUACAUUUGUCAUUAUGAAA